AAAAACAAACGGCUGACAUGACUGCAGUGGCAGCAGCAACAACAACAACCACUACUUGUGCGAAAAAUGCGACUAAUUUAUCUAAUAUAACUACGAACACGUUAUUAAGUAAUAGUAGAAGAUUGUUAAUGAAAAAUCAAUUACAUUUAAAUUUAAAUGUAACGGAAACAUUGAAUGUUGAUAGUGAUGAUAAUAAAUCGGAUUCGAUGGAGACGGGAACAUCAAGAAUAGAGUUCAAAUGGGAUGGUGUUAACGUAGAAACCGUCACAACAGUGCCUCAACAACAACUACAACCACAUGAGCCAAAACAACAACCAUUUAGAAGAGAAUAUAGCAAAGUCGAUGCAGUGGGACACUCGUCUACAAUUGCAACGCCAGUUAAAGGAGAAGUAGGAGCUGCAGCAGCACGAGUAGCAGUGACAUCGUUAUCAUCACCACCGUCAGUGUUGAGUUCAUCAUCAACGGUAUUAGCUAAAUUUAACCGAAUCAUCGACAGUACAAUGCCGGCAACCAACUAUUAUCAGCAACACCAGCUGCAAGAGCAACAAGCGCACGACAAUAUGCAACUUGCAGUUCGCACCAGCUUAGCACCAUUAAGCGAUGCGCUACAGCAGCGCCUAGCGCUAGUCCAUCCUGGCAUUGACGCGACUGAUUCGCAAACUAAAAAAACUAAUUUCACAACAGCAACCACAACAGCAGUAGGAACAGUAGCAGCGGCCACAGCGAAAACAUCAGCAGCAACUGCGCAUGCAGCAAAACCGAAAGCGAAACUGAGAGGGAAAUCCGGUGCUUCGCUUGCUCCUCUGCGUUCGGCGCGAGCGGAAAUAGCAGCAGAACGGGAAGCGGCUAACGUGGUGGCCGCAGCUGCUGUAAUAGCACCAUCGCAUGACGAUAAUCAAAUGAAACGAAAUGAUGUGCAUUAUUUGUUGAAACAAUUAAAUAGUUUUAGUGAUAUUGAGGAAAUAGAAAUUGUUGAUAUGGAGCAAAGGCAGCGGCAGCUGGAUGAGCAACAGCAGCAACAACAGCUCGCUCAACAGCAACAGUAUAUGGGGCAUGGAGUUAACAAGACACACUCACCGACAGCGCAAUCUCUUGUGAUAAUCUCGCCAUCGUCGCUAUCGCACAAAGGCAUACGACGUUAUGCGUCACUGCACCAACAGCAGUGCACACAGUAUCCGCUUGACAGCGACGUACUGAUCGACAGCGUCGAGCAGCAGCAAUAUUUACUGCAGCAAUUCGACGACUACCUUUUUCAGUCCUGCCACUAUCUGGAGACAAACUAUUUUGCCGCCAACUAUCGUUCUGCCAUGGUCGAGAGCAGCUCACAUGACUUUCGGCCUUCUACGACGUCGACGACGUGUACAUCGGCAGCAUCUGUCUCUUCGGAGCAAUCACUCCAGCUUCAGGAUGCUGAGCCGCCGAGCGUCAUAAGCAAGGCAUCGCCCCUAGCGUCUGCGACACUGCCCAGAAUAACAGCACCUGAAGCGCCAACAUCUAGGGGUAGACUCUAUGGAAUGCAAGCGCGGUUGACGAACAGCGGCGUACAGACCGAAUUGGCUGCAACCUCACUUACGGACGCAUCUUUGGCGAAGAGCAGCAGUAGUUCGGCCAGCUCCGAACAGCAACAUCGACGUGCACCAUUCUUUAAGUGUUGCUACACACCCAUCGAUCGCUGGCGUGAGAAGCGUACCGCAGCUCACAUGGCAGCAGCAGCACGAAAGCGUGUCAGUAGGUGUGCCUCAGUGCAGGCUGACGGUGUUGAUGCUGCAGCGUCGGUAAGUGGCCGUGCCUGUGUCAGCGCCACCGUCGGACAGCAGCAACAGACGCGUAAAAAUGAGCAUGCAGUCUGACAAAUCGAGUGCGCGUUGGAGUGUGUAGGCGUAAAUUUGAGAAAUAGCAAGCCACCAAGUCUCGAAACGAUCAGCGUCGCUGUCUUUUUGCGAUAUCAACAAUUUUUUCUAUUUCGAAUUCAAACUUGGGAUAUUUACUAACCACACAUUUGUAUACUCGAAAAUAUCUCAAGUGGGUUAUUUGUUUUUGUUAGUAACAUAGAUAAAGUGAAGAAAUGUUAGCGCAUUGCGCUCAAACGCGUAAAAUUUAAAUCUUGAAAAAAGUUCUAAAUGUUAACGCUU